CUCACCACAUGGAUUCUCCUUUGCCCCUGUUAGAAGAUGAUAUAAAGAAAGGUAUUCUGAGCCUGACUGAAAGAAGGCUUAUUCCUCCAGCAGCAAAGAUAACCCUCCAGUCAUCUCCUAUUGUAUCUAAACCAGCUCCUCUCCAUGAAUUUCACAAACAGCACAAGAAGUCGGUUGUAGGUGAGUGCAAAGGGAAAGUGGACCCUGAGAAUACAGCCAUCUUCUCCUUUCCAAGCUCAAAGAAAGCACUUGAUGGCACGUGUUCCUCUAAAAAAGACAACACUGUACCAGCUCAAUCCAGCAAUUCCAUGGUUUUGUCAAGGAAAUCAUCACCAGUGUGGAGACAUCCAGCUCAGCAGCUGGCAUUUGAACUGCAGACUCCCUGUCAACUUCAGACCCCAAAACCGUCUCCAUGUCAGCCCUUACAGGAUCCAUGCUUUGAUUAUAAUAUUGCUGUUUGCAAUGGUACUAUAGAUCAGAAAGACCCAGACUUUCUGGCGUUCAAGCAGCAUUAUUGUUUAUCCUGGGGGAGCAUUGUCUUUUUCUUGGAACACACUGAGAAGCUUCUCAAGGACUAUGCUGUACCAGUGGCUACAAUAAACUGCAAGAAGUUGGCGGAAGUUGCAUCAGACUUUGAGCUUAAUGAGACUCCCACCAAAAAUGACAUUCUCUCAGUGAUAAAGAAUCAGUCAGCUGUGAAAAAGAUCUUAAAUCAACCCGGCCAAAGAUACAAAGGCCAAGGUGGUAUUGAAAUGGCUGCUACACAGAUCCAAGCAACGUGGCGCUGUUACCGGGCCAGAAAAGCCUAUGUCCGUUUCAGGCAGCAGCAGUGGGCAUCAGGUGUGAUUGCCAUUUCUUGGCUCUUGCAUAAUCACAUGGCACGUGUGAAAAAGACCCUGCAGGAAUCACGUCAGAGACACCUGGAGAAUUUUUACAUCAGGGCCAAGCAUCUGGCAGCCAACUGGAAUCGCAUCAGGACCUCCAGGAGGACUAUUAUCCAUAUCCCAUCAUUAGGGUAUUCCCAGUGCAUCCGUGAGCAUAUUCCUGAUUUUGCUCUUCAGCAGAAUUUGCAGAUGGGAAGGCUGUGCGACAUACUGGAUGCCAACGUGGACGUCAUCUACAUCUGCCCCCUUCAUCUGAGUGAGGAGUUACUGCAGUAUUACAAUAAACUCCUGGGUCUGCAGGCAGCUGUUAGAUCUGGGAACCCUGAGGACAUGGGUGACCUGCAGGACAGGUUCAAAAUUCUCACCCCUGAAGCUAUAAACAGCUUCCCUAUGAUUAAUAUUCUCAGUCAGCUGAUCAUUGACAACAUGGAAGUGCAGCGCUGGCUGUUCAAAAUGAACGAUGAAUCUGGAGGAAAUGGCACUGCCUACUGUGAUGUUAUCUUGCAUUUGAAAUGCUACCCCUGGCUCCAGAAGGAGCGGCAACGAUGCAGCCCGGAGAUAUGGAGUAGUAAGUGGGCCCAUGAGCCAGCUUUGGUGAAGAUCUCCCAGGAGCUGCCGGGCCUUUUAGCUCAGCACGUACAGCGAGUCAAUGAGAAACGAUUCCCUACAUGGGAAAAAUUCCUCCAAACAUUUCUUAGUCAAGGUGGUGUGAUAGAAGCCUUCCCACUCUCUGAAAAUGUCACAAACCUUACAGUGGAUAUGCUGAUAGAACCAACAGGCAAGAUAAAAAUAAUGUCAUCUGGAGACCAGCUCCAUGCUGACGGCCCUUUGCGAUCAUCUGGCACUACCAUUCCACAAUGUUCUGUUGAUCCAGCAGUUCUUAAUUCGCUGUGCUUGAAAAUAGGAGAGACCUGUAAAUCUAAGGGAGUGCUCGGUUACUUUUCAGUUGACUUUGUGACUUUCAUCCAUCCACAAACGAUGGAGCAGCAGGAAAAACAGGGAACAGUUUUUAUAUUGUAUGAAGAUCAGAAGCGAUACAGAUUGGGAAUGUUAACAAUUGGAGAGGAUCUCCAGGGGGUCCUCAUGACCUUUGCUCGCAAUCUCUUCAUCAUCCAUCAAGAAAUAUCAGCACCUAAUAUGCAAGGCGAGACCAAUUUUAAGAUGGCAAUUCGAGAUAUUGAAGCAAUUCUAGGAAUUACAGCAGAAAACAAACUGAAAUUGGAGGAAGAGCAACCUUCUGAAGCAGAUGCUCUGAAAGAAUAGUUAAAACAUUUAAUUGCCAUAUUCUUUAUGCUUCCAGAAAUGAACUCUCAUCUGUAAGAACAGGUUUGGUUU